AUGUUGAAAGAGGAUAGAAAUUUGUACGCACGGGAACUCAAUUUCGAGACGGGAUUUUCCGUCUUGCAGGGCGUAGAAAAGGGAAGCGGCAGCGUCGGACACGAGUACUUCGUACGAUUUUGGCUUGUAAACCGCAACACCGAGCUUCGGGUCAAUUCCCGGUUCGGAUUUAGCGGCUCUUGCGCUAAUAUCCCUCUUCCUGCCGACGUGAGUUGUGAUGCUGCUGUGUCUGAACGGAGACAGAGGAAUAGAGGAAAUCGGAGCAAAAAUUCUCUGCUGGUGAGAGAUGCCGAUGGAGUAAGAGAGAAUGGGGGAAGCCGUUUUCAUGAAAGCAGAAACUACGACCGCCGCGUGAACGGCCAUGGGAAUUGGGAUGCGGCGAGGUCGGGUUAUCUGAACGCGCGGGCGCAAACGAAGACGGCGACGAGUGUAUGCUUCGGAUUCUCCGUCGCAACUAAAGAAAAAGUUCCAGCUUCAGAGGACGGCAUCAUCUCCAUUCGGCAAUUUCUCUACUCUUGUCCGUGCCAGGUGAAGUUUACUGCAGAAGAUAUUUAG